AUGCGCAAGGGGUGGCGGUUCUGGGCCAUCCUGGGCGUGCUCGGCAUCAUCAGCCUGCUCACGUCUCUGGAAGCCACGGUCACCUCGACCGUCCUGCCCUCCGUCGUUGCCGAUCUGAGCGGAGGUGAAGAUUACAUCUGGCUUUCGAACGCCUACUUCUUGGCCAUGGCGGCGCUUCAGCCCAUGUUUGGUCAGCUCGCAAACGUGUUCGGCCGCCGCUGGCCGCUGAUCGGUUCCGUGGCCGCGUUCAUGAUUGGGGGCGGGAUAUGUGGCGGAGCUAAUACCAUGGCCAUGAUGAUCGCUGGCCGGGCGAUUCAGGGCAUUGGAGGCUCGGGCAUCGGCGUCCUCUGCGAGACCGUCAUCUGCGACCUGGUGCCGCUCCGCGAGAGGGGCACCUACAUGGCCAUGGUCUUUGGCAUGGUCGCUAUCGGAGCUGCGCUCGGCCCUCUGUUUGGCGGACUCAUCGUCAGCUACAGCACCUGGCGCUGGGCCUUCUACAUGACUCUGCCCAUCGGCGGUGUUUCGCUGGUGCUUCUGUUUGCCUUUCUGCACGUCAAGUACGACAAGUCUCAGACGCUCGCCACAAAGCUGUCGAGUCUCGACUGGCUGGGCAACGCCGUCUUCGUCGGCGGCUCCAGCCCGGUGCUGAUUGCGCUCAGCUGGGCGGGCAGCAGAUACGCGUGGUCCUCCUACCAGGUCCUCGUGCCGCUCAUUGUCGGACUGGCCGCGCUCGGCGCCUUCGUCGCGCUCGAAAGCAGCUCCCGCCUGGUGCCCAACCCGACGAUGCCCCUCCACCUCUUCAGCCACUCCAUCACCGCCAUCGUCUUCCUCGUCACCUUCCUCCAUGGCGUUGUUACCCUCUGGGUCGUCUACUUCCUCCCGGUCUACUUCCAGGGCGUCCUCGCCGCGACCCCCUACCGCUCGGGCGUCAUGCUCCUCCCGACUGUGCUCGCACUCCUGCCGGCCGCCAUGGUCGGCGGCCUGCUCCUGACCAAGUUCGGCCGGUACAAGCCCGUGCUGAUCGUCUCCUUCGCCGUCAUCACCGUCGGCUUCGGCCUGCUCUCGCUGCUGGACGAGACCUCGAGCACGGCGGCCUGGGUGGGCUACCAGGUGGUCGAGUCGGCGGGCGCGGGGUUCGGCAUGGCGGUGCUGCUGCCGGCGCUGCUGGCGCCGCUGACGGACCGGGACACGGCGCUGGCGACGGCCACGUGGGCGUUCCUGCGCGUCUUCGGCAUCGUCUGGGGCGUCGCCGUCGCGGGCACCAUCUACACCAACCGCGCCGCGCAGCUGGCCGGCGAUGGCGCCAUCGCCAGCGACGCGGCCGUCGCCGCCCAGUUCGCGGCCGGGGGCGCGUACGCUGCCGCGUCGCGCGAGUUCCUCAACUCGCUGGCGCCCGCGACGCGCGCCGAGGUGGUGGCCGUGCAGAACAGCGCGCUGCAGCGGUCGUGGCAGGUGGCUAUCGGCUUUGCCGGCGUGGGGUUCAUCGCGGCGUGCGUGAUCAAGGAGAUACCGCUCAGGAAGGAGCUGGAUACCGAGUAUGGCAUGGUGGACGAGAAGGACAAGCCCACCGAGGAGGAGGGAAGGGGCACGAAGGGGGAAGGGGCACGAAUGGCGAAGGAGGCUCCGGCAGCCACGUCAUAA